CCAACUAUGUCAAGUCGAACUUAUUUUCAGAUUUCCGUCUUCAACCACAAAUUUUGAGAAAUUCUAUCACGACAACCACGACACCGGUAUUCUCAAAAGUUCACCACAAUGGGUCCCAAGGCUCCAGUAAAGAAAGGCGGUGCCUCCAAGGCGCCGAAGGGCGUAAAGCAGGCCAAUGCUGCGGCUAAGGCGGCUCUCCGUGGUGACAACUCGCACAGAAAGCGCAAGGUCCGCACCUCGACCACUUUCCACCGCCCCAAGACCCUUCAACUCUCGCGCUCUCCCAAGUACCACCGCAAGUCGUUCCCCCACGAGCCCCGUCUGGAUGAGCACAAGAUCAUCAUCCACCCGCUCAACACCGAGAGUGCGAUGAAGAAGAUUGAGGAGAACAACACCCUUGUUUUCAUCGUGGACCCCAAGUCCAACAAGGCCCAGAUUAAGCAAUCGCUAAAGAAGCUUUACGACAUUGAGACCGUCAAGAUUAACACCCUCAUCCGACCUAACGGCUCCAAGAAGGCUUACUGCCGUCUAACCGCCGACGUUGACGCAUUAGACAUUGCGGCUACCAAGCUUGCCCUUGUUUAAGUGGGCAAUCACGACUGUGGUUGCUGGAUUUACGCGAUAAUACUGCCAUGGCUUGGCAGUAAGGAUAGGGUAGAUCGUGCUGAUUAUAUGCACAGUCCGAACAGGACGGAAAUAUGCAUUCAGGCCGGCGUUGCGUUGCCUAGGGUUAGGCUCAUGAGGUCAAAUGGAAAAUGACAUGAUUCCCCAACGCACAUGAAUCGA